ACACGAUGCGUAUGGCUUGCGAAUUUAGCCGUUCAAAAAAAAACAAAAAAAAACAACAACAACAAAAAACCAGCUAAGUAACGUAAGAUGGAUCUUCGGUCAGCGAGUAGGCUGAAAAUAGCGGAAUAGAGAGCAGUUGUGUUUUUCCAUCCAUGCUGGAAGAGCUAUUAUCUAGUUCCACGGCAACAUCAGUUCUCAACACUGGAGCCCACAGAUUCAGGGAGUCUGUCAAGAUGCCAGCUGGUGUGUCCUGGCCUAGGUACCUGAGGAUGUUUGCUGCCAGCAUACUGGCUAUGUUUGCAGGAGCACAGGCCGUCCACCAGUACUACCUACCUGAUCUGACAAUACCAGAGAUCCCACCGAAGCCUGGAGAGCUCCAGACAGAGCUGCGGGGCUACAAAGUCAGAGAAGAAGCUGCUGCAGCUUUGGAGCAACUUAAAGCACAAAAAAAGGUGGACUGAUGGACAUAUCCUGUAUGAGUGAUGGACAAAAAGCUAGAAGCUACCACGUGCCUGGGAGUAAAAAAAAUAAAACAUUUCUGGGACAUCUUCAAAUGGACAUUUUCUUUGUUUGAUGUUUUCUGCUAAUGGUAAUAAAGUGCUGCACUGUUGGAGUCUGGCUGCUCGAGAUGAAGAUCAUGUCUGCAUCGAGAUCACUAGGUUCAUUCAACUAUUUGCAUCUGUCUGUUAAUACAGGAUAAACAUCUCUUACUGUUUUUCAGUUUGUUUGUGUUUUUAGACCUAUGUAAGAUGGUAAGAAAAUGCUUCAUGAAUGUAGCUACCAGACACAAUAUAUUUUAAAUAAAAAUAUCAAAGUAAGCCAUUGUCAUGACUAGCAAAUGGGAGUGGUAACAUUUGGAAGUUUGCAGAAUUAAUCCUCAGAUGAUUUGCUUAUUGAUUGAUCUAAUUCAAAUCACUCAUAAUGCAAAAAUACCAAAGUGUUUCCAGUCUCUAAAAUGUGAAUAUGUUAAUGCUGUUCCGUGUGUUGUAUUAUUGUAAAUUAAAUAUCUUUGGGUUUUGGA